CUUAUUCUCAUUUCCUACCAACUCAACUAAACAAAACAAACACAUAAACCCCGUGACUAUCACCACUCUCCAGUUUACACGCUCUCCGCCUAACCAACUCUCUCUCAUGGCAUCGGAGCGAAACGACACCGUUUUCCCCGAAGAAGAUCUCGACGACGACGACCAAACCCUAGAAGACGAAGAAGAUCUCGACGACGACGUUUUAGGCGAACCAGACGAAGACGAAGACGAAGAACCCGAACCCGAACCCUCUCCUUACCCCAUCUCCGCCGCCGCCGCCUCCGUCACCGUCGCCUUACCCGCCACCGUCAUCCCGGAAUCCCCGGAUCCAAAACGCCCCCGCACGGAGGAGAAGAAAGCAACCCCCCUCGACGACUCACGGAGGCUGUUCCAGCGUCUGUGGACCGACGAGGACGAGAUCGGGCUCCUGCAAGGGUUUCUGGAAUACUCAUCGCAGCGAGGUUCCUCUCACCACAACGACACCGCUCUGUUCUACGAUCAGAUCAAGUCGAAGCUUCAGCUAGGGUUCAACAAGAACCAGCUCGUCGAGAAGCUGAGGAGGUUGAAGAAGAAGUACCGGAACGUUCUCAGUAAGAUCAGCUCCGGGAAGGAAUUCUCCUUCAAGAGCCCUCAUGAUCAAGCUACCUUCGAAAUCUCCCGCAAGAUCUGGAGUGUUGCUGCUCCGAUUGCUGGUCCUGGUGAAGAUGAUGACGAAAUCAACCUUAACUCUAACCCUAACCCUAAUUAUGGUCAUUUGAACGAGGCGGCGGCGAUUGAGAAGAAAACACCGCCGUCUAGGAAGCGGUCGCGGCCUCUUGCUCAAUUGGGGGUGAUCAAAAUAGAGGAGAAAGAAGAGAAGCGUGAGUUGAAUGAUGAUUCAGUGUUGAAUAAGGAUAAGGAUAACAAUUAUAAUCUCAACAAUCAUAGUGAGGAUUAUAAUGGUAACAUUGGUAAUGGUAGGCAUAGCAGCAUGAAGGGUUUGAUUGAAGAGACGGUGAGGAGUUGCGUGACGCCGGUGUUGAAGGAGUUGGCCAGUGGUGCCAAUUCCAUGGGGAGUCCUUUUGGAUUUGGGGGAAGAGGGUUUGGGGUUGGCGGGUUCGAGUCGAAUCACUUGCCAUUGGGUUUGUUGAAUUUUGGGGUUGGUGAAAUGGUGAAGGAUGAGAAGUGGAGGAAGCAACAUAUUUUGGAGCUGGAAGUGUAUUCCAAGCGUUUGGAGCUGGUGCAGGGUGAGAUCAAGAUUGCUCUGGAGGAGUUGCGAUCGGCUGGAGCUGGAGCUGGAGGAAGAUGACCCAACAUGAAAAAUCUAAGCUUAGAUUCCUUGCUAGAGAGUAAUUACUCCUCAUGAUCUUGAUGUUGUUUGCUUGCUAAUUAAUAAUUAUUGAUCCAUGUAUGGUUGAUAUGGUUAGCUGGACAGUUAGUAAUUGCAUACUACAGAUGUUCAAUAAAAUGUUCCAAUAUUUGUAGUC